UAUCCACUCAUGGACUCAUGGUACAACAUAUGCUCCUCCUGGUUCCCAAGCUAGUUCCACCAGAAAACCAUGCAUACACUCCAUUUUUCCAACAGGACAGACAGCAAGAUAUUGCAAAUACCUUCCCUUGGUGUUGCUCUUGUGCUGCUGAUCUGCUUGGCCUCUCCUGCCAGUUCCUGCACGGCGCAGGAGAAGGGCUCCCUUCUCCAGUUCCUCGCUGAGCUCUCACGAGAUGGUGGCCUCGCCGCCUCAUGGCGGAAUGGCACGGAUUGCUGCAAGUGGGAAGGGAUCACUUGCGACAGAGAUAAGAUGGUCACUGAUGUCUUGCUGGCUUCGAAGGGACUCAAGGGGCACAUCUCACCGUCUCUUGGGAUCCUCAGCAGGCUGCAACACCUUGACCUCUCUCACAACUCGCUGUCAGGUGGUCUGCCUCUGGAAUUGGUUUUGUCCAGCAGCAUCACCAUUCUUGAUGUCAGCUUCAACCAGCUUAACGGAACGCUCGAUGAGAUGCCAUCUUCAACCCCUGCUCGGCCUCUGCAGGUACUGAAUAUCUCAAGCAACUUACUUACAGGACCGUUUACAUCCAGCAUAUGGAAAGCAAUGGAGAAUCUGGUUGCACUAAAUACCAGCAAUAACAGCUUUACUGGGCAGAUACCAAGUCAAUUGUGCAACACCUCACCAUCCAUCACUUUGCUUGAUCUGUGUUUCAACAAAUUCAGUGGCAAUAUACCCCCAGGACUUGGUGAUUGCUCCAGGCUGAGAGAGCUCAGAGCCGGCUACAACAACCUCAGUGGAACACUCCCAGAUGAACUCUUCAAUGCUACCUCAUUGGAAUACCUUUCUUUUCCCAACAAUCAUUUACAUGGAAUUCUUGCUGAUACACACAUAUUCAACCUCAGAAAUCUCGAAACCCUUGAUCUUGGAGGGAACAAAUUCAGUGGAGAGAUUCCGGAUUCUAUCGGCCAGCUUGAGGAACUGAAGGAGUUCCAUUUGAACAACAACGAAAUGACAGGGAAGCUUCCAUCAGCUCUGGGCAAAUGCACAAAUCUGAUAACGAUAGACCUGAAGAGCAACAAUUUUAGCGGAGAACUUACCAAAGUCAAUUUCUCCAACUUGCCGAAUCUACGAACUUUAGAUCUUUACUUCAACCAAUUCAAUGGCACAGUUCCAGAAAGCAUAUACUCCUGCAGCAAUCUGACCGCACUGCGGCUAGCAAACAAUAACUUUGCUGGGCAGCUUUCACCAAAUAGGUGCAGGAACCUUACCACACUGAUCAUCGCUUACAACUUCAGAGGAGAGAUCAUGCCAGAGGAUGACAAUAUUGACGGUUUUGAGAAUCUUCAAUUUUUGAGUAUCGGAGGAUGCCAAUUGUUUGGACAAAUUCCUCUUUGGAUAUCCAAGUUAGCAAGUUUAGAGGUAUUAGUUUUAUCUGGCAAUCAACUCAAUGGAUUAAUACCAUCAUGGAUCAAAACCCUAACCAAACUCUUCUAUCUGGACAUAUCAAACAACAACCUCACAGGGGGAAUUCCAACAGCACUGAUGGAUAUGCCAAUGCUAAAGUCAGAGAAUACUGAAGCCCAUUUAGACCAAAGGGUUUUUGAACUACCUGUUUAUGCAGGUCCAUCACUUCAAUAUCGUGUACCUAUUGCUUUGCGUAAUGUGCUGGAUAUAAGCCAAAAUAAAUUCACUGGUGAGAUCCCCUCCGAGAUAGGCCAGUUGAAAGCCCUCCUUGCACUCAAUUUCAGCUUCAAUCAGCUCACAGGAGAAAUCCCACAAUCAAUAUGCAACCUCACAAGAUUGCAGGUGCUAGAUUUGUCUAGCAAUGAUCUCACAGGUGCAAUCCCAGCUGCAUUAAAUAGUCUGCACUUCCUUUCAGCAUUCAACAUUUCUCACAAUGACCUUGAAGGGCCUAUUCCAUCUGGAGGCCAGUUUAAUACUUUUUCGAAUUCUAGUUAUGAUGAUAAUCCAAAGCUCUGCAGCUCCAUUGUAGCCCAAAAAUGCCUUUCAUCCUCACCACCUCCGUCCUCCACCAAUCACCGAGAUAAGAAGACUGUUCUUGCAAUUGCAUUUGGUGUGUUUUUUGGAGGCAUUGCUAUACUUUUGUUGGUUGGGCGCAUCCUUGUCUCCGUCAGGAUGAGGAGUUUUACAGCAAAAAACAGAAGGGAGAACAACAAAGAUGCUGAAUCAACUUCAUUCUACUCCAGUUCAGAGCAAACAUUAGUGAUGAUGCGGAUGCCACGGGGCAAGGGAGACGAAAGCAAGCUUAAAUUCACUGACAUUUUGAAGGCUACAAAUAAUUUUGACAAGGAGAAUGUCAUCGGAUGUGGAGGUUAUGGAUUAGUCUACAAGGCAGAGCUAGCUGAUGGCUCCAAGCUGGCAAUAAAGAAGCUCAAUAGUGAAAUGUGUCUGAUGGAAAGGGAGUUCAGUGCAGAGGUUGACGCACUUUCCAUGGCACAACAUGAAAAUCUUGUACCACUGUGGGGUUACUGCAUCCAGGGAAACUCAAGGUUUCUCAUAUAUUCCUACAUGGAAAAUGGCAGCCUGGAUGAUUGGCUUCACAACAGUUAUGAUGAUGCUAGCUCGUUUCUUGACUGGCCGACUCGGCUCAAGAUCGCACAGGGAGCAAGCCUAGGCCUGUCUUAUAUCCAUGAUGUCUGCAACCCUCAAAUUGUUCACCGGGACAUCAAAUCCAGUAACAUCCUACUGGACAAAGAAUUUAAAGCAUAUGUUGCCGAUUUUGGGCUAGCCAGAUUGAUCCUUCCCAACCAAACUCAUGUUUCAACUGAACUGGCCGGCACAAUGGGUUACAUACCUCCCGAGUAUGGACAAUCAUGGGUUGCUACAUUGAGAGGCGAUAUGUACAGUUUCGGAGUAGUCCUACUUGAGCUUCUCACUGGGAUGCGACCUGUUCCAAUCCUAUCCACAUCAAAAGAGCUAGUCCCAUGGGUGCUGGAGAUGAAGUCUGAGGGAAAGCAAGUUGAGGUCCUUGAUCCAGCACUUCGAGGUACAGGAUGCGAAGAGCAAAUGCUGAAGGUGCUUGAAGCCGCUUGCAAAUGUGUCAACCAUAACCAAUUCAUGAGGCCAACUAUCAUGGAAGUAGUCUCUUGCCUAGACAGUAUAGACGCUGAUCUGCAGAUGUAAAGAGCAGCAAAGAUACGACUAACUACACAUGAUACAUAAACUUAUACAUUUUUGUGCAUGGAGUAGUUGUGAAUUCCCAGUUUCAGAAGAGUUGCCAUUGAUAAUCUUACAGUUUGUUUUAUACAUAGAUACAUAAGUUAACAGCUUGCAGUUUUGUGCUUUCUGU